UAUGGCAAUUUAUUUUCCUUAAGAGUAGGAUCGAAUCAAUAAGAAAGCUGAACAAACUAAACUAAAAAUUCUUCAGAUGAGACAAAUUGCACAAGAGUAAUUCGGAAUUGUCUUUCCCAACUCCAAUCCUUUUGAAAUUAAAAAUUAAGAGAGACAUGAUUCUAUUCAAGAACUUGAUGAUAAUUUAAGAAUGUACAAAAAGAUUCAAAAAAACGAUGACAGAGUAUUCAUUGAUUUUCAGAAACAAAAUCAGUAUAUGUUUGAUCAAAAUUCUUUUAAAACGUUACAACUCAUCAAAACUCAAAAACAAGUCAGCGAAGAAAAAAUAGAAACAUCUUGCCAAUCAUAUUAAUUGCUAGUUAAUCGAUCACUUAAAUCUGUCUUAUCUCAGCGUUUUGAUAAAUAAACCAAUGUUACCAAAAAAUAUUCACCAAGAACAACUUUCUAAAAAGAUCGUUCUUGCACUGUUAGAGCAAGGACCAUUACACUUACUAAGAGAAAAACUAUGAAUCCAUAAAAAGUUGAAUUCGAAGGACUUGUUAAUGAACAAAGAAAAUUAUUACAAACAUCACAUCUCAAAAGGUAUCACAAGGAUAAAUUACAAUAAGACUUUUAAAACAUACUAGCAGAAUUAAAUAAUAUUAAAAUCAAUAAAGAAGAAUCUAUAAUUGAAAAAUAUAAAAAAAAAUACUUAUUUUGA